AUGAAUGAUAAAAAUUACUCUUCCUCCAAUAUUACCUCCCCUCCAAUCUAUUCACAAUUUACUACCACUACAAAUUAUUUAUUACCAAAAACUCUAAGCACAUAUUUUGAUUUAACUCCUCACAAACAAAAAUCAUUUAAUAAUUUAAAAAAAGAAAAUAAUCAAAAUUUAAAUUUAUUUCCUUUUUAUUUUUUAAAUAAUUCAAUUUCUUCUUCAAUUAAUCCAAAUUGGAGUUAUCAAACGACAAAACCUAAAACAACUACUUUUUCAAUUAAUUAUUGGUUAAUUAUUUAA